AUGGACCAGUUCAGAACCGGUGGACAACGGGAAUUCUUGAGUGCGGCUGAAGAUGUCGCGGAUGAUGUGCUGAGAAGAACGAAACAUUUGUUACCGCACGUGGCACGUCUUUGCUUGAUUUCGACAUUUAUUGAAGAUGGAAUUCGGAUGUGGAUUCAGUGGGAUGAUCAGCGACAAUUCAUGCAGGAAUCCUGGUCAUGCGGAUGGUUUCUGGCUACCCUUUUCGUUGUGUAUAACUUUUUCGGUCAAAUCAUACCAGUUGUGAUGGUAAUGGCACGUAAGAAGGUUGGUAUUGCAUGUGCCCUACUUGCUACAGUUGUUGUGCUGCAAACUAUCGCGUAUCAUAUACUAUGGGAUUUGAAAUUCCUUGCCAGAAAUGUAGCUGUUGGUGGAAGUUUGUUGUUGUUAUUUGCUGAAACACAAGAAGAGAAUCGAAGUCUGUUCGCGGGUGUUCCUCAAGUUGGUGAUCAAAACCGAUCGAAAUCUGCGAUGUUACUAACUGGAAGAGUGUUUCUAAUCUUCAUGUUCUUGUCAUUGAUUCAUUUCGAAUGGAACUUCGUGCAAAUAGUUGAAAUGGUCGUAGGUGGUGGACUGAUGGCGUUGGUGACGGUCGGAUACAAGACAAAGCUGUCGGCAUUCGUGUUGGUGAUAUGGCUGUUCGGACUGAAUCUCUACCUGAACGCAUGGUGGACUGUACCAUCGGAUAGAUUCUACCGUGACUUUAUGAAGUACGACUUCUUUCAAACAAUGUCUGUCAUCGGCGGUUUGCUUCUGUUGGUCGCUUAUGGUCCUGGCGGUGUUUCGGUCGAUGACUACAAGAAACGUUGGUAA